AUGGACAUAGUUGAAGCCACUUACCUCCUACCACCACCAACUUCGAUGAUAUCUACCACGGAGCUGAUCGCGCGAUGGGCUGAAGCCUUACAGAAGCGUCGAGAGCAAGUAGAGAAGAUUCAUAACGCCGUCUACGGAGCUAGAAGGGAAGCUGCACAAAAGUUCGAAAGGGACCAUUCCGCAAAGAUCUGCGAUUUCGACUUUAGCCGCAGAGACUUGAUAUCGGUACCAGAAGAAGUAUUGGAUGUCUCUCAGAAGUGGCUAGAUGAGAUGAAAGAAGCAGAAGAAUCCGGGAACCUGGAGGAAGAAGAAGAAGAGCCUGGAGAAGGGGAAAGUAAGGAUUUAGCAGGGCAAGGGUCAGAAGAGGAAGAAGAGGACUAA